AUGAAAGUCACCAAUAGGCACCUCAGCUGCUGCUCCCAAAAAGGCGAAAGCAGCCGGCUCACAAGCGAAAGUCCCCUACUCCUAGUACCAGCGAAAGUUCGGAGUCUGAUGCUCAAUCAGACAUUCGCAACGAGUGGGAACAACCUGUUCGCAACGAGUUGGGUGAUAACACUUGCAUCAAAGAAGAGAAUCCCAAUCCUGAGGUUUCUCAACCCAUGUCCCUCCUGCCAUUUACCUAUUCGCCAAGAUGAUCCUGACAUGAUUUUUGGUGAUGAUAAAGAUGAAGCUCUAGGUGGAUUCACCUACAGUCCCUUCCAAAUAAGGAUUGAAAAUGAGGAUGAGCCUUCUGCUACGAAAGCACAACGGUAG